UGCCUGUCUUGCGUGUGCGUGUGCGUGUGCUCAGCCUCAGCGUGAGGGGCACCUGCUCGUCUGGGCUCACAGCGGAGGCAGCCUCGCCGCGAGCUGCCGCUGCCGCUGCUGCCGCCACUGGUGCUGCCGCUCUAAGGCGCCAGGCUCCCCGUCGCCACCGCCGCCGCCGCCGCCUCGCCAGCCAGAGUUGGGCUCCGUGGGCUUGCCCCCUCGCAGCCUCGGUCCUUCCCCGCUGCCUGCAAGUCAGCCUGGCUCCGAGUCACGUGUCAGUGCCUGAGGCAGAGACUGCGAGGAAAAAAACGCGCUUCAUUCCUUCUUCCACCGCCAUACUGUAUUUUAUACUAAAUCUCAUUUUUAUUACAACAUUUUACUCCCGCUCGGUGAGUACCUUCUCAGUGGCAUUCUUGUCCUAUUCUUUUUUUUUUGUCCUUUUUUUUUGGUUUUUUGUUUUUUUUUGUUUUUGUUUUUUUUUUUUCUCUUUUUUUCCACUUCUUUGAUUAUUGUUUAUAUUUGGGAAAGCUGGAGGAGCAUGAUUUUGAGCCUUUUCCUGAAUCCAAGUUUUUCUAGCAUGCGAUCGUUCUGUAGACAAGGCGCUGUGUCUCGGAGUCCGCGGCGACCGUGCCCGCUGGGAGCGUCUCCCAAGUCCAGCAAAAUGUGCAACUGGUUUUAUGGAUAAAGCGAUGUGAAGUAUGGUGCCUAUUUUUUUCCUUUGUAAAAAUAAAAAGCAUGUUUCUAACUCUUUUUUUUGCAUACUCUUUUUCUGAUAACAUUUUUGUAUAGGUGGGAUUUUACGGCAGUGUUUACAAGUUUGUGGUCUUGCAAUACUGGUGCAAACCAUUGAGCAAAGACAUUAAUUUUAUAUUUUUGUGCCCUUUUUGGAAGCCGGUGAGAACACAUUCGUUUUUUUUCCCUCCUGUUUUUGAUACCCAUUGAUAACAUGAAACUUUUCUUACAGCUGGUGACUGGGAUCAUUUUUAAGCAAAAUACUUUUUUCCUCCUUUAAAUUAACCAUGACUUUUGCACAUUUGACUUUUUUAAAAAACCGAGAUAAUUUUAUGAUAGAUAUCCUGAUAUCUAUAUCUAUAUUGUCCCUUAUUUCUCCCCCUUCCCUCCCCGUAAAUCAAUUUUCAAAUGAUGGCAGUGGAAGGUUUUUCUGGAAAAAAAAAAAAAAAAAAAAAAAAAAGAAGUGCGGUUUGGUUUCCUUGUCAACGGAGGAUGAAGUGAACAGCUGAGCAGCUCGCAGAGAGCAGACAUAGCCCUUGGUGAGGUGCCUGGCUCCAUAGAUUAAAGCAAGGAGAGCAAAUCAUGACUGGCAAAACACAGACCAGCAAUGUCACCAAUAAGAAUGACCCCAAGUCCAUCAACUCCCGUGUUUUCAUUGGCAAUCUAAAUACGGCAAUUGUCAAGAAAGUUGACAUUGAAGCCAUUUUUUCAAAGUAUGGAAAAAUAGUUGGAUGCUCCGUUCACAAAGGUUAUGCAUUUGUACAGUACAUGAGUGAGCGACAUGCAAGAGCUGCAGUGGCUGGAGAAAAUGCCAGAGUCAUCGCCGGCCAACCACUUGAUAUCAACAUGGCAGGAGAGCCCAAACCAUACAGACCAAAACCUGGAAACAAGAGACCCCUUUCUGCACUUUACAGCGGUUAUGUCUUUGACUAUGAUUACUACAGAGAUGAUUUCUACAACCGGUUAUUUGAUUACCACGGGCGUGUGCCUCCACCUCCCCGUGCAGUAAUUCCACUGAAGCGUCCCAGAGUGGCAGUCACAACGACUCGCAGGGGGAAAGGAGUCUUUUCCAUGAAAGGUGGAUCAAGAUCUACUGCCAGUGGGUCAACAGGCUCUAAAUUGAAAUCAGAUGAGUUACAAACCAUCAAGAAAGAAUUAACCCAGAUCAAAACUAAAAUUGACUCCUUGCUAGGGCGCCUGGAGAAGAUUGAGAAACAGCAGAAGGCGGAGGCAGAAGCUCAGAAGAAGCAAUUGGAAGAGAGUCUAGUGCUGAUCCAAGAGGAAUGUGUGUCAGAGAUUGCAGAUCACUCUACAGAGGAGCCUGCUGAAGGAGGGCCAGAUGCCGAUGGAGAAGAAAUGACAGAUGGGAUAGAGGAGGACUUCGAUGAAGAUGGGGGUCAUGAGCUGUUUCUACAGAUAAAGUGAUCUGAAAUAACGCAUGAUGCCACAAAGCAGAAGAGAAACUGUGACAACCCCCAGAAAUGUGAAAGGAGGUUUCUUACUGGACAGCAGCAUCUUUGGUUCAAUUUAUAUAAAAACCCAAAUAAAUAAAAUGGACAGUAUUGCUCAAUUUUAGAAAUUCCAUUUCUUCUAUGUUUUAAGCUGUACAAUUGUCAGGUUUUUAUGGUUUAAAUUGUAAAUGUGUUUUCCCCUUUGCUAAUUAUGUUUUUUUUUUUAGUCUUAAAAUGUGAAAGGCAUUUAUGAAUGGUAAGGGAGACACUAUAUACAAAUGUAUAUUUGUAAAAGCUAUUUUUAUGAUUAGCAUGUUUCACUGUUGAUCAUAUAUAAAGUCAGGUGAUAUUGCAAUUCUGUAUUUAAAGCUUAUUUCCAACAAUGUCAUGUAAGAAAAUAUGCAUCUUAUGCUAGUUUUUAUAAUUUAUUUUUAAUUUAUAGUUUAAAGUACUUGAGAUCAUAAUGAUAAAAUACUUGAAAAAGUUAUAUUUCUGCCCUGUAUAAGCACCCUUUUUAUUAAUAAAGAAUGCAGAUAUUUCAGAUGUGAUAUAAUAGUUAAAGAACUGUUGGUUUGAUCUGUGAUUAAGUUGAGCAUGCUCCGCUCUACAGAACUAAAAUGAUCCAAUUAUUACUUCAGUCUGGGUAUGAGAUUCCAUGGACAGGUUUUAGUGUUCAUAUAAGGACUAAAUUGCCAAGGAAAAGACUGUCUUGCCCUUGGAUCCAAAAGUUUAAAUUAGUGCAUACAUCAUGUCAUUUCACCUCCUGUUCCUAGGAACUCUCCAUUCCCAAGCAUUGCAAGUGUUUUCCAGAUAAUCUUAGCUGUUGUCUUGUGCUGUGGAAAUGGAAGAAACCAUCUUCACAGACUGUAGGAGAAUUCAACAUACAAUUUCUUAAUAAAUACUGUUUCUUUUAAAACAAA